AUGGGUAAUGUACCAGAUUUUUGUCGGAAUAUUUCCUUAAAGACCAAUGAAACGUCUUAUGAAUUAUUAUCUGAAUGUUGGAAGGAAAAAUGGAUAGCUGAUUUUUUACGCAAAAGUUUACCAUUGGUUAUUUUACCUGUAUCACUUAUAUGUAAUUUUUUAUCAUUCAUUGCAUUACGAAGUCGUCAUAUGCGUGGAACAUCAACAGCUUUUUUUAUGCUUGCUCUUAGUGUUCUUGAUCCACUUGUAUUAUUAACAAAAAAUCUGGUAUACUUUCCAACCUUUGUUGCAGCUCAUGCUAUAUUAUGUAAAAUACUUUAUUUUCUUAUAUACGUUCUUGGGUAUACAAAUGUUUGGAUACUUGUCAUUAUGACAGCUGACAAAUUUUUUGCCGUUUGGUUUCCUUUAAAAGUUUCUGAUUUUUGCACUAUAACUCGUGCAAAACAUGUUUGUAUAUUUCUUCCUGCUAUGACAAGUAUUAUUUCCUUUCAUCAUUUUUGGACUAUUGAUAGCUUAAAACAUCCGAAAGAUCAUAAACAACGUUUUUGUUACUAUGAUAUAAGUCGUUAUCGUUCAAUACAACGUAUAUGGCGUUAUGUAGAUUUCGUCAUAUGGUGUUUUUUACCUUUUAUACUUAUAUUAACAUUAAGUGUUUUAAUUAUAUAUAAAUUACGUCAAAAUCGACGAGGUUCACAUAAAAAUAUUCGAAAAACGAUCGAUAUUAAUAUAAAUAAUGAACGAAGUGGAAAUCGUUUAAGUAAAUUACAACAACAAAAGAAAAGAAUAGAAAAUCAAGAUAUUGAAAUGCGCAGUAAUCAAAAAACGGAAGUUAUUCGUUCUAGACAUCGACAUAUAACACUAAUGUUACUUGCUGUUGCUGUUGUUUUUCUUCUUCUUACGUUACCAAAUAGUAUCUAUUUCGUACUUGAUCUGACAUAUGGUUUUAAUAAACUUCCAACAGAAAAUGAUUAUUAUCAAUGGUUACGCUAUCGACGUUUAACUAUAUUAACUGUAAUCAUGUUUCAAUUAAGUGAUUUACAACACGCGACAAAUUUUUUCUUAUAUUUAUUAACCAGUGACAAAUUUCGUCGCUCUGUUAUAGGUAUUUGUGUAUCAGCAAUACCUAUUUUACCAUCAUUAAUACCAUGUUGUUGUCAAGAUAAAGGACGUGCAUCAUCAGCAUCAAUUCCAAGUCAUUUUUCAAGCCAAAGACAAGAUAAAGGCCCUAUAACAUUUCGUUCCAGUGUAACUGAUCGAUCAAGUAUACAAGUAAAUUCAUAUCGUUUAUCUAGUCGACAAAUGCAAACACCACUCUAUAAAUAUUCUUCAUUAGUGUCAAAGCCAGUAACAACAACAACCGAAUCGAUGUAA